GACAGUAAAAAAUUAGAAGAGUUGUUAUUUUAUAGUUUUUAUUUGUGAUCUCGGAUUCGGGUUGUGGUUGAUUCUAGCUUGAAAUUUAUUAGAAGUCUGAUCUUUCUUUAUUGACGGUGUAACAUACAAAAUAUUUUAUUCUUUAUAUAAGGCUCAAAAAAUUCCGUGAAAUAGAAAGAUUUCACGAUGAAGUCAAUUCUAAUAUUUCUCUCUCUGUCCAUACUCGUCAGUGGUGAAAUAGAUAAAGUCUUUCAUUAUCAACCGGAACAAGUACACUUGUCUUUUGGAGAUAAUACUGAUGAAAUUGUAGUCACUUGGUCCACACGUGAUGAUGCUGGCACAUCCAUUGUUGAAUAUGGUAUUCGAGGUUUAGCCCUAACGGCUGAAGGAACAUCACAACUAUUCACUGAUGGCGGUGAUAAGCAUAGAUCUCAAUUUAUACAUAGGGUUAAGCUAAAGAAUUUACAACCAAACACAACUUAUCUAUAUCAUUGUGGAGGCCAGCUCGGUUGGUCGUCUCAAUUUUCAUUUCGUACCGUUCCAUCUGGUGCCGAUUAUUCUCCUACCGUUGCAAUUUAUGGCGAUAUGGGUAACGAAAAUGCCCAAUCGUUAGGUAGACUUCAAGAGGAAACACAACGUGGUGUCUAUGAUGCCAUCGUACACGUUGGUGAUUUUGCAUAUGAUAUGAACAGUGAAAAUGCUAGAAUUGGGGAUGAAUUUAUGAAGCAAAUAGAACCAGUUGCAGCAUACCUUCCAUACAUGGUCUGCCCUGGGAAUCACGAAGAAAAGUUCAAUUUCUCGAACUAUCGGGCACGAUUUAGUAUGCCUGGAAAUACCGACAACAUAAUGUACAGUUUCAAUUUGGGCCCUGUACACUUUAUAGGCUUUUCAACCGAAGUCUACUAUUUUCUUAAUUAUGGGCUAAAACCUCUCGUUUUUCAAUACGAGUGGCUAGAAAGAGACCUAAAAGAAGCCAAUAAGCCUGAAAAUCGAGCUGUGCGACCCUGGAUUAUAACGUUUGGUCAUCGACCAAUGUAUUGUAGCAAUGAGAAUGACAACGAUUGUACACAUUCUGAAACAUUGGUUCGUGUGGGUUGGCCUUUCGUUCAUUUGUUUGGCUUAGAAGAUCUAUUCUAUAAGUAUGGCGUAGAUGUUGAGCUGUGGGCCCACGAACAUUCAUAUGAACGUUUGUGGCCUAUUUAUGACUACAAAGUUUAUAAUGGAUCUAAAACGGAACCUUACAAAAAUCCUGGUGCUCCUGUUCAUAUUGUAACAGGCUCUGCAGGUUGCAAAGAAGGUCGUGAACCGUUUGUAUCCAAAAUUCCCGAUUGGAGUGCUUUUCAUAGUCAGGAUUAUGGAUACACGCGUAUGAAGGCGCACAAUCUAACGCAUUUAUAUUUUGAACAAGUUUCUGAUGACAAAGAUGGACAAAUUAUUGAUUCAUUUUGGAUUAUCAAAGAUAAACAUGGAAGUUAUGAGCACAACAAAUCAGUAUAAGAUUAGCUUUAUUGUUCUUUCGUAGGGGCAUUUACAUUAAUCACAAUUGAAUCUCACAUUCCUCAAGUUCUCUGUACAAAUAAGUAAUAUUUAUGAAAUAGCACAGUAGUAGAUCAAAACACAAUUUAAAGCAACAGUUUUUAUUUGAAUACACAAAAAUAAACAAACGAAAAAACAAAAUUGUAUGAUAAAUUAAUGUUUAAAAAUUAA